AUGCGAAUCGAAGUAACCAAACAACCAUACGGCAGCAAUAAUAUUCCGUUUUUAAAUUAUAGUACAGAAAAUACAGUGUCAAUAAUACAGUUUCUAAGUAAGUUUGGCUGUGGCCUUUUGCAAACUAAUUUAUUUAAGCAUCGAAGCGAAUUCAAGAUGGCGUACCGGCUAAAGGGCAUAUCGAAACUUGUUCAACGUAAUUUGGGUUUUCUUAGAAAUUAUAGCGAGUCUCGUCAUCCCUUCGUUUAUUCCAAGGAAGUUUCUCGGGCAAAGUCAGAAAAUAUGCCAAUAGUAGCCCUCGAAUCAACUAUUAUUACACACGGAAUGCCUUACCCACAGAACUUGGAAACGGCUCUGGAAGUGGAGAAUAUAAUUAGGCAACGGGGUGCCGUUCCAGCGACUGUGGCAAUUCUUAAAGGGCAAUUGACCGUUGGUCUGACGGAAGAUCAACUUCGAUACCUUGCUCAGGCCAAAGGUGUAAUUAAAGCAUCGAGACGUGAUCUUGCUUAUAUAGCUGCGGCUAAGCUUGACGGUGCCACAACCGUCGCUGGAACGAUUAUCGCUUCAGAACUAGCUGACAUACCAGUCUUCGUGACCGGUGGAAUUGGAGGCGUCCAUCGUGAAGGUGAAAGUACACUAGACAUCUCAGCAGAUUUGAAUGAACUCGGGCGAAGCAAAACACUCGUUGUUUGCAGCGGAAUCAAAUCAAUACUCGACAUAGGAAGAACUCUCGAAUAUUUGGAAACGCAAGGCGUCUGUGUGUGUUCGUUUGGCGAGUCUAACGAGUUUCCAGCAUUUUACACGGUCCGUUCCGGUCACCGGGCCCCGUAUAACGUUGCCGACGCGAAGCACGCCGCUCGGAUUCUUCACGAAUCACACAGAUUCCACCUCAAUUCCGGCGUCGUCAUCGCUGUUCCUGUGCCGCGACGUGACGCAAUGGACGAAAAAGUAAUUGAAGAGGCCAUCAAUAGUGCCCUGACGGAUGCCAAAAGAAAAGGUAUUCGUGGUAAAGAAGUUACUCCUUACAUUUUAUCGAACGUUAGUGAAGCGACCAGCGGCACGUCACUUGAAACCAAUAUCGCAUUGAUAAAGAACAAUGCGCGCGUCGGCGCCGAUAUAGCCGUCGAAUUUAAAAAACUCAAGAACGCCGACAAUGUAAACGAUUCUAAUAUUGGAUUCCGCAAGGGCGCCGAGAAUAUCUCGAAUUUCACGAGGACAUUUCACACUUCGUCUAAUACGAGGAGCGGGGCGGAGAAUUGCGGAGAUGAUACGCCUAUGCUCGCUUUAGAUAUGAAGGCGGACGGAGACGUGCUCGUGAUCGGAGGGGCCAACGUUGACAGAACCUACAGAGUAUCAGAAGAUACCAUUCAGUUGGACGGCAGUACACAUGCUUGCGUCAUGGAUCAAUGCGGCGGUGGAGUCGGACGUAACAUGGCAGAAGCACUAUGGAGACUGCGGGGCGGACGUACAAAACUUCUGACCGCCAUAGGCGACGAUGCCGAUGGAAAAUACUUAGAAGAGAUUGCACCAGGCCUGAUACUGAACGGAUGCGUCGUAAAGAACGGUCGAACACCAACAUAUGCGGCAGUGAUGGAUUCCCGGGGAGAAUGCCUUCUAGGUCUCGGCGACAUGGCAUUACACAAUGACAUCACCGUCGACAGGGUUAACAAUAAUAUGACGGUAUUAGAAAAGGCUCCACUUGUAGUUCUCGAUGGCAACGUCCCACAAAUUACUAUGGACCAUGUCUUAGAGCAAUGUCAACGUCUUCGAAAACCUGUGUUUUUCGAGCCGACCGACCGAAGGAAAGCAACAAAAAUCCUUCAAAACAAUGAGAACACGGUGGCUUUCUCCAGUCCGAAUGUUGCGGAAUUAAAAGCUAUGGCUACCUUUCUAGAGCCGAAUUUACGAGGCCCUUUAACUUCAGAUUUAGAAGAAAUUAAAUUACUUUCAAAAAUUGUGGCCAAAAGGGUACAAUAUUUGAUAGUUACUGCUGGAUCUAAAGGUGUAUUUAUUGUAAAUAAAAAUAUAACAAAGGAACCAUUAAUAAGCCACUUUCCAGUUGAUUACAUACAAAAUGUUGAGAAUGUUUCUGGUGCUGGUGAUUGUUUUUCUAGUGGUUUUGUACUAGGUGUUCUACUAGGAUUAAGGAAAUCUUUGUGUAUCCGCAUUGCUUUUGAAACGGCAAAAGCUGCCUUACUCUGUAAAAAAACAGUCCCACAAAAUUUAAAUGUACGACUAGUCUACCCAAAAUCCAUUAAAUAAAGAUGACUACUAAUAAUUGCAACAAAAGAAUUACGAAUCUUGUUCUCAAUUCUUUAAAAUUACAAAAUGACUUUAUUGAUAUGAUGAUCUAAACUAUCUAAUAUAUAACAUGUAUACAUGUAAAUGUCAAUGAAUCUCAAUAAUAUAAGAAUAAUUUAGUUUAUCUAUAUUUUGUAAAUUCGCUGAAUAUUUUAUUAAACAACAAUCUUAUACUUA